CUGAGCAAUUCAGGCUGAGGCGGGCGCAACCGCACUAGAGGGAAAGUCAAGUCGUGCUGGACUGGCGCGAUCUCCUCGCACUGUUUCCAAAUAAAAGGAAGGACUCAAAUCCGCAAACAAUCAUGCUUCUAAAAUAAUGCAACAUGUCGAUCGGGUCUUUGCGAGGCAUGGCUUUCGUUUUAACGAGCUUGUUCCUGUUUUGUGCGAGUACUGUUUGUGAGACGCAACACAGUGAAACCAGUAUUUAUUUGGAUAAUAUCACGCGUAUAUUGGAUAGAUUACUGGAUGGCUAUGACAACAGGCUGCGACCUGGAUUUGGAGGUCCCGUCACGGAGGUCAAAACUGACAUCUUUGUCACCAGCUUUGGUCCAGUUUCAGAUGUAGAGAUGGAGUACACCAUGGAUGUGUUCUUUCGUCAGACGUGGAUUGAUGAGCGGCUCAAAUUUGAAGGCCCAAUUGAGAUCCUGCGGCUAAACAACCUUAUGGUCAGCAAAAUCUGGACCCCCGACACAUUUUUCCGGAAUGGCAAGAGGUCAAUCUCUCACAACAUGACCACUCCAAACAAGCUGUUCCGCAUCAUGCAAAACGGAACCAUCCUCUACACCAUGAGAUUAACUAUAAAUGCAGAGUGUCCAAUGCGCCUCAUGAACUUCCCAAUGGAUGGCCAUGCCUGCCCACUCAAAUUCGGGAGCUAUGCAUACCCCAUCAGUGAGAUUGUGUACACAUGGAAGAAAGGACCUUUAUCUUCUGUUGAAGUCCCACAGGAAUCAUCCAGCUUGUUGCAGUAUGACCUUAUUGGCCAGACUGUAUCAAGCGAGAGGCUGAAGUCCAACACAGGUGAAUAUGUCAUAAUGACUGUCCACUUCCAUCUUCAAAGGAAAAUGGGUUUCUUCCUGAUUCAGACCUACAUUCCCUGCAUAAUGACUGUCAUUCUGGCACAAGUUUCCUUCUGGAUUAACAAGGAAUCAGUUCCAGCUCGGACUGUCUUUGGCAUCACCACUGUCCUGACCAUGACAACAUUAAGCAUCAGUGCACGGCACUCCCUCCCAAAAGUUUCGUAUGCCACCGCGAUGGAUUGGUUCAUUGCUGUGUGCUUUGCCUUCGUCUUCUCUGCCCUCAUUGAGUUUGCGGCUGUCAACUACUUUUCAACACUCCAAGCCAACCGAGAGCUGCGAAAGGCAGCAGCCAUAAAGGCAGCCGCUCAAGAAGCAGCAGCAGCUGCAGCCGUGGUUCCAGCAGCAAGCACAGGGACAGAGGGAGACGUUGCUUCAGUGGAUGCCAAUAGUGUAUUGAAGAAGAGGAUGAACUCUGCGCCGGUUUUCGAUCGCCCUGCAAAAACUUUUCCAAACCCUCCUGUCAAUGCCCAGGCGUUCCUCCAGCAAGGCUCUGCAGUUCCGGCCAACAACGUCCUGACAGGCACCAGCAUCAUUGACAAAUACUCACGCAUCCUUUUCCCCCUUUCGUUUGGCGCCUUUAACCUGGUCUACUGGAUCGUUUAUCUCACCAAGGACACCAUGGAGAUGUCAAGGGAUACUGUCUAAGAUUAUGUCUUCCUGGAGAAUAGAAAUACCUGAACAAUCAACACACACGCAGAUGCACUCACACAUACCAAUGUUCUGCUUCUUCACACAUUAAAAUAGGUAACAGACGCUUGCCAAGCACUCUUUUAUGCAGCCUCAGUGCAUUCUAUUUCCUUUUAAGUACUCCCAUGGAACAUAAGUCUUUUGAGAACAGAUGUACCAAUUCCAAUUGCCAACUUGACCAUGGAGCUCAAAGCCAUGUGGGGCCACAAGUACUGGAUCCAUUUCAAACAACAGCUACUCUCACUUUUCUUUUUUCUUUUUUAUUUCAUUUGUUUCAUGUUAACAUAAAAAUAAAUUGUUAUAUGUUAAAACAA